CAGACUGUGAUUGUUCGUUUUCACAUGACUCGAAGUUUUUAACAGACACGCAUUGAUAUACAGUUGCGCACAGUUGUGUAAUGAUACUCCACGCGUUACAAGAAGUCCAUGAAACGAUAAUUUGAUUAUUAAGAUAAAAAAUAAAAGUGAAAUUAUCAUACAUCGUGAACGUUAUAUGUGAUCGAUUAUAUCGUUUUAUCUGUGAAGCAGACUUUUAUAACAAUUAUAACGAAAUGUCCGAUUAUUUCACGGAGAUGGGCUGGACGCCUUUGAGUGACGGAGAAGCGCCGAAUCAUUUAAUUCAAAUGGCACGGUUCCUUCGAGAUUUUGGCAUGUGGGACUUGGUCGGGCAAGAUACAGAACUUCCACCGCCAGCAUCAAAGAACGCUGUGGCUAAUUUGCCUGAAAUUAAAAUUGAAUCCAAUGAAAACAAACAGUGUCCUGUUUGUCUAAAAGAAUUCGAGAUAGGCAAUAAAGCAAAAUCAAUGCCUUGUCAGCAUGUAUUUCAUCAAGAAUGCAUAAUACCAUGGUUAGAAAAGACUAACUCGUGUCCACUCUGUCGAUACGAAUUGCCAACAGACGAUGAGGAUUAUGAAAUGUACAGGAAAGAAAAGAAACGAGUGGUAGAAAGAGAGAAAGAUUUGGAAUCAUUGCAUAAUUCUAUGUUUACUUAGUAAAUGUGUGAUAUUUAAUUUAAAAACUGUCUUUUACUUUAUAUUAUAUAAGUUGAAAAAUAUCAUUAUUAAAAAUGUUCACAUCGUCAUUAACUAAAGUCUUAAAUUAGUUGGGAAGAUAUUUAGCGUACAAUCAGUACAUAUUGAUAAGGUUUAUACUUAUUUAUUAAAGAAAAUGUCUCGUAAUCAAAAACUAUAUAUAAAAAUAUAUAUAUAGAGCAUAUAUUUUGUAAAAUAUAUGAUAUAGAAUAUAGGAUACUGCUUUUCAUUUUGUGAUGCAAAAGAUGAUUGAAUAAAAAGACAUGAAUUAUUAA